AUGAAUCCACUCGCCGCCCUCAGCAUCGAUCGCUCUGCUCUGGUCGGUGAAAACCUUCGUCCUCACGGAGGAGUUUUCUAUCCUGGCAUCCAUCCCCUCUCUGCUGAAAAGCCCCUGCAGCCUGGAUCCAACCUCCCAUUUGGCUACGAGCUUCUGUACAAACCAGAUGUGACCCUGCUGGACGGACAGAAACUGGCCAGUGGAUACGUCGGUCUGUAUAAGAGUCCAGCUUCGGGGCCACAGAAGCCUUUGCUUGUGCAGACUGCAGGAGGUGAAGGUCUGAGAUUGGACCGCCGAGUUCUCCCCAACGACAAGCAGUUGGAACUAGGCCUGAAUGGUGCCGGUAGUUUCCUGCGGCUGCCCUGGAUCAGCCCCUAUGCUGAUGCUACCAUGUACCCCUUCCUGGACAUGGCUUACAAGGCCUCCUUCCUGUCCCAGCCGUCACCCUUCAUCCACCAGCAGAUGGCUUAUCAGGCUUUGUGUUCCAGCAGGGCGGGAGGCAGCACACCUGGCGAGGACAGACUCUUUUACCUGCCUUCUUAUAUCUCCUCCCCACUCUGUCCACCAAUCAGAUUGUCAUCAGGUGCUUCAUCAUUGCCCCACUGCCAGGACAAGAACCUGCAGGGCCUCGGUCCUCAUCAGGAACCUUCUGCCUUCAGCUCCGGUCCUCAGAUCCACCAGGAGACCCCGAUUGUUCAUCACACAAAGUCCAGUCAGAACACCUCCACCAAGAACACUCUGAGCAAAAGCAGCAUUGGAAGCAGCACUGCUCAUGUUAGCAGUUCAGCUAGCAGCGCUGCUACAUCGGCAGGCUCGGUUCCCCCACAUCAACCCCACAGCAGCUCCACGGACCUCCAGAAGUCCCUUUACAGAAGCACUUCCUCAUCCUCAGCCUCACUUUCAGCCUCUCAGCCCUAUUACAUGAGCUCAGACAGCAACAAAACCAAAGACAGCAGCUCAGACCACAGGAAUGCAGAAAGGUGUUCAUCACCUGCAAAGAUGCUGCUGAACAGAACUGUACCUCAAAAGGCUGCCAAACCCCCCACAGAAAAACCUUUAGAUUUGUCUGCCAAAGAGUUGGAAGGAUUCCCAAAUGGAUUCCCUCCCAAGUUAGAGGCUCUGGCCAAGUUGGGUUAUUUACCCCCAUCCGGUUAUGAGCUGCGAGCCGGUCAGGACCAGAACCUCCAGGAGGUUCUCCUCCCACCUGUUGGUACAGCAGCAAAGACUCCAGAUCGUCCUGACAAGAUCAACACUGCACCUUCCACUUGGGUUCCUCCGGUUCCUUCCUCCAACGUCGCCUCCCAGACCACGAAAAAUAAGAGUGUAGAAAAUAGUCCUCCUCAGCCACAGCCUCCCAGCUCACCUGGUUCCUCCACAGCUGAGUUAACCAGUGUUCCCAGUCCGGCCUCAGGGGGGCGUCCAUCUGUGAUGCCUCCUUCCCCGCAGUCCAAAGCUGGAUGGCCACAAGUCUCCCCUAUCGAUUCUGACAAAAGUCCUAACAGCAAAGAAGAAACUUGCUCUGGAAAACAGGACAUUGGUCCAGUUACGCCUGAAGCUUCAGACAACAAACUUUAUCCUCAACAGCAGCCUCGUGUGGAAAACGAAAACUCAUCCAGCCAAAUCUAUGGUGACUCCUACCUCCCUCCAAGCUUAGGUUACACCAACCGCUACAUCCCAUAUUCAGUUGCAGAGAACAUGUCCCUGCGCCGCAUCUCGAUUCCAGGCAAAGGACCUACGUUCUCCCAUCCACUGCUACUUGGAAGCAGCAACUUUUACCCACCUCACAUUGCACCAAAACAUGGCCUCCAGUAUGGAGUGCAUCCGUACCAGAACCCCCAGGAGACGGCCAGCACUCCCAUGUCGCUUUAUCCAAGUCUUGAAGGCAAAGACCAACCUGAGAACAAGUCAAAAGUCAAGGACAAAUUCUGGAAUGCAGAAGCGAACAGGAACCAUGAAAGGCCAAAUGUUGACAGCGAGAGAGACAAGUCCACGAACCAAACCACAAAGUCUUCAGGCAAAAGCCUCACAGGCAUCAGAGAUGACAUAGUUUGCAUCGACUUGGUGCGAGAUGAUGUAGAUGAAGAUUCGUCUACCAACAAGCGCAGCUCCACGUCCAUAAAGACAGAGGAUUUGUUCAAGCAGGGCGGCAGUGGAUGUAACCAGAUCCAGGACAAAGAGCCGUGGCCUCACAAAAGCCAGAAUACAGAGCAGAGACUGGACUCGAUGCCCCACAGUCCUGUUCACCACAACUCCUCCUCACCUCUCUUAGAGGAGUUGGCAGAAGAGGAGGAGACACUCAGUCCAUCUCCAGAGAUCCCAGAGGAGCAGACGAUGCGAUGUGCCCGGACUUCUUCACAGCAGUUUUCUAGGAAAUGUAAAACUCUAAACGUUGGGGACUUGAUGAUGAGUGUUCCCAGUGGUGGGAAUAGUGCCUCCAACAAAUCAGAGGCUUCAGGAAAUAAAAACGUCACACCUCAGAUAAACGCUUCCAAAGACGGCAACUCAUCGGUUCCUGGAAGCAAAGAAAGUUGUUUUGGUGAAGCCCCCAGUUCUAGCAACACGGAAGCAGUCAGGAACCCAAAGAGACCAGAUUAUGGAUUCAAUUCAGAAGGUCCAGUCAGCAGCAGUAGAGAAGGAACAUGUGGAGAUCUCAGUCCUCAGGUUCCAUCAUGCAGGAGUUUAAAUCCAGCUGGAGGAGUCAUGACUACGAGGCCUCCAUCAGGUGUCAGCACCAACCCAAGAAGCUCCACCUGUGAUGGAAAUGCUAAUUUCACCAACCGGAGUUUCAUGGGACCAUCUUGCAGAAAUCUGAGUUUGAAGGCUGAACCCAGAAGUUUCAGUGGCCCAACUGGUGGUAACUUUACCUGCAGGAGCAUCAGUCCACAGUUUACAAACAGUGAAAACCACAACGCUGUUCAGCCAAACGCAAACCUCAGACCUCCGGCAUCCAGAAAGAACUUCAGCAGUCCAAGUUGUGGAGGUUCUGUCUCUGAAGCAAACAGUAACCUUAAGGGUUCCACAUAUAGAGGCAUUUUACCUCAAGGUCCAGCCAGUCAGAACCUUCCACUCACCAAUGGAGGCUUCCCCAGGACGUCUGCAGAGGUGCUUCCAGAGCCGCCGGUAAACAAAGACCUCAGCUCCGGUGAGACGGUUCCGAUCCAGACCAGUGCCGCCUGUGGAGGCGGGACAAUGGACUCCAGCGUCCAGGAUGGUUUGGAUCUCCUGGCAGAUGAAGACGAGGGCGGCAGCAGAAACCGGCGCUCUGGCCUCACCAGGCGAAUCGCCAACUCGUCCGGCUACGUGGGCGACCGGAUCAAAUGUGUGACCACGGAGCUGUACGCCGACUCGAGCAAACUGAGCCGAGAGCAGAGGGCGCUGCAGGAACAGCAGGUCACACGAAAAUAUCAGCAAAGAUCAGGUUUACAUGCGUCCUGCACUAUCAGCCGCCUCCCCGUCCUCGGAGACCAGGAAGACUCAGCGGAGGUGCAGAAGAACGAUGGUGAAGAAUCUCAGCAGGUGAAGAAGAACCAGAACACCAGUUCUUCCUCACAACCAGAACCGCAGAAGUUUCUUUCUGCUGCCCGAAGCCUGUUUCAGAGUCCGAAUGUUUCCAUGAACCGGCAGCGAAUCUUCAGCCUGGAGCCAUUUCACCAGAGCAGCAUCAUCAUGAAGAGAGGCCGGGAGGAGAACUUGGAGGACCAGGAGGACCAGGAGGACCAGGAGGACCAGGAGGACCAGGAGGACCGGACGGAACCUCUCAACAAGAAAACCAAGUUAAACGACUCCACCCUGGACGACGUGAAGAAGCUGAAGGUUUGUAUCGAGCUGAACGGCCUUCGACUCAACAAGCCCCGCCUCCCCGCAGAGCUCAGCCAAUGGCUGCCCUCCAACCAGAGGUUGGCGCCAGUCGACUCAAAGUCGGAGGUGAACGGAGGCUGGUGUGACGGAACCAGAGUUUUCCACGUCGCCCCGCCCUCCUCACCUGCCCGCCUCCCGCAGCAACCGAGCAGUGCUGUCCCGCGGCAACCGUUACCACGGCAACCGGUCGCAGCAUCCUUCGGCUGCCUGGCGUUGUCCCGCCUGCAGGACAAACACCAGAGGCUGAGGGAGAUCCGCCGGGCCUCCACCUUCCUCCCAUCGCUGCCUCCUCUUCCUCCCUCAUUCUCCCCACCUGACCGCCAUCACCUCCGUUGCCAUGACAACGACCUCGACAAGCCGAAGGGCAAACGUCACUGUAAGACGAAGCACACGGGAGGAGAGAUGGCGGCGGACGAGGAAGACGGGAAGGUCAAACCGUCCUGCGAAGGAGGCGUUUAUAACGUUCUUGCUGAUCCACCGGGACCAGAGGAGGAGGAGGAGGAUGAAGAGGAGGACCAGGAUGAGGAGCAGCGAGCCCGGAGGGAGGUGUUUGAGUUUGAGCUGUCAGACCGACCGCUGCUGCCCUGCUACAACAUCCAGGUGUCUCCAUCCGACCCGUCUCAUUCGCCGGCCCGGCCCGUCCCUCCGGAGGUUCGUCGGCUCAUUGUGAACAAAAAUGCCGGCGAGACGCUGCUGCAGCGCGCCGCCCGGCUGGGAUACAAGGAGGUGGUGCUGUACUGUCUGGAGCGGCAGAUCUGCGAUGUGAACCACCGAGAUAACGCUGGUUACUGCGCCCUGCACGAGGCCUGCGCCCGCGGCUGGCUGCAGAUCGUCCGCCACCUGGUGGAGCACGGAGCCGACGUCAACUGCAGCGCUCAGGACGGAACCAGGCCGCUCCACGACGCCGUGGAAAACGACCACGUUGAGGUGGUUCGCUUCCUGCUUUCCUGCGGUGCCGACCCGACCCUCACUUCUUACUCCGGACGAGGACCAAUCAACAUGACUCACAGCGCUGCCAUGGAAACCUUCCUGGAGGGUAGGAGCCCCAGAAACUGGCUGCUGCUCGCCGACGUCCUCGGUCGCCUUCGGAUGACGUCUCGGUCUUUCCGCCGCCUCUUCCCGCAGCUCAACAUUCAGUCGGUUCCGGAGGACGAGUUCUACCGGCAGGCGUCGCUGUCGCAGCUGCUGACGGGUCCCGACGAGCAGCAGCUGACCUGCUUCAGGCCCGAAGUCCGCGACCCGCUGGAGCUGGUGGAGGCGACGCCGGAGCUGGCCGGGAUGCUCGGCUCGUCCCUGGAGUUCGUGGACAGUCGCUGGGACUCACUGGAAGCUUCGCCACCUCCAACGCCGCCGCCACCGCCGCUGCAGCGUAGCCCAGCACCGUCAGCAGCGCCACAGGCAGCCCAAGCUAAAGUGGACCCUGCGGUGCUGAACCGGACUGCAGAGUCUGGACUCAGACAUCAGGGAUUUUCAUCUCUCGCAGCUCAGCUGGAAACUAGCUCAGACGCCAGCAUGUGGGGAAAAACACUAGCAGGUAAAAACGGCGCCGUUCCCUCACUGGCAAAACCCAACGUGACCAUGAAUGUGAGCAUGUGGGAACCGCAAGGACCGCGCAAGAAUCCUGGGAUCACUGAUUCUGCUGAUCUCGACUCAAAAAUGGACUCAACCGUGUGGCAGAAUCAGAAGAAAACCGACGCUGCUGCAGGCGUGUGGGAACAACAGCGGCUACCAAGUGGCAAUUCUAACACCAAAGUGGACGCUGCCGCAUCAGAACCACCACGGCUUCGGAAUAUGAACUCAGAAAAUCCAAACAGUGCAGCCGAUGCUAACAUGUUCAAACAACAAAAUCAAGGCACUAAGAAUGGCCGGCCUUUAGCGUCUACACACGCAUCGGUUGAUUGUAGCGUCUUACUGCGACGUAAGAUCGCUGUGACCUCCAGCGCGGCGAAGACGGACGUUAACACGUGGGAACAUCAGGGAAUAAAGACGAGCAACAGCACAGCGCCCAAAAGACAAGCUAGUUCCUGCGAUACCCGAGAACAAGGAUGUAAGAGCCUAAAGGUGGACGCUGCCUGGCAGAGGAACAUGGCCGACGUCAGAGUCCACAUCAGGGACUUGGGCUGGAAGGUCGGCGGCGUCCGGACAGACGUGAAGAAGGAGGUGGGAAAAGUGAAGUCGGCCAGAGUCAAAAGCAGGUCAUGAGACGCCAGAAACAACACGUGAUGAAUGCUGUGGACUGCUGGCGUCCAAACAGUCGUAAAUGCUGUAAAGAGAACCAGACAGAACCGAACUGCAUUGUGUGUUAUACGUACACUGUAAAUAUUCUUUUUUAUUUAUGAUGAACCCUUCUCUGUAAAAACAUGUAAAUUCAUUCCUGUUGACGUCGUAGCUUCUGUUCUCGGAGGUUGUUUGUUACCUUUGUGUGUAAUUUUGUAUUCAGCAUCCUGUUGGCUUUGGUCACCGUCCAAUAAAGAAGAAGAACGAGGAGAA